AUGGCCGGAAAUGAUACACAAAAAGAGUUGCCUCCUGAUGUCAUUCCAGAGAUCAUUAUCCGUCUACCUGCAAAACCAUUUCUCCGAUGUACGCUCGUCUGUAGUUCGUGGAAUGAAUGGAUAAGCAAUGAUGAUCUAGACCUAGCUGCAAGACAGUCGGAACUCUACAAAGAAAUUUCUGGCUUCUUCUCUCAGGAUUCAGUCAACCCUCCAGAUUUUCUUACUUAUGACAAUUACUCUUAUAACAUUCCUUUGGAGGAGGGCCUUCCAUAUAUACCCGAGAUAUUCAAAAUGGUUAGCUCUUCACGUGGCCUGCUUUUGUGUGAAGGCAUUCUUGACUUUUAUGUAUGUAAUCCAGUCAAUCGGCAGCGGAUCUCUAUCAAAAAGUUCAGGAAUCAAGUGGCCGGACAUCCUUCAAUGGUAAUAGCAUUCGAGCCAUCUGUUUCACGAUUCUACCUAAUAGAUGCAGCGUCUACUGGUUCAGGCUUGAGCCUUGACAUCUAUUCGUCUUCUGAGAAUGAAUGGAAGCACUAUUUCUUCAGAAAUAAGGAGCAGCGUUCAAAAGUUGUUUGUGGUGGGUUCUACACCCGAGGGAGGGUGUAUUGGCUUCUUAAAAGCCAGAGGCGUAGGAUAAGUCGACAAACAAGAUUGAUGGUCCUAACCUUCGACAUUCAGAAGAAAACCCAGUGUGUUUCUUGUCUCCCAUCUGCAGCAACAGGUAUUUUACUGAUGAGCAAUAUAGAAGAAUACUACUACAUAAAAAAUAUCAGCGGAACUGAAACAAAGCUGCUUCUGGGAGUUAACACGAUUGGAAUUUUUAGGAGGACUGACGGACAAGUUGUGAUGUUGGUUACUGGUGGUGGUAACUCCAGAUUGGUUCCUCACAGCACUACAUUUGCCAAUCUGUAUGGCAUUAUGCAGAAAUAG